AUGAGCUUAAGAAGAAUGAGAAGUGGAGGCGUGCAUGCGGAUUCCGAAUAAGAUUUUUUAAAUAAAAUUGGUAAAUUGGAAAAAUAACAAAAAAAAAGAACUUAUGUUGAAGAAACUGAAACCUUUGAGGGAUUUAUUAUGAAUUCUCAAUUUACCUUUGACUGUUUUGGAGGAAAUCAAAUCUUAAAGACAAUUUAACAAUCUCAUUUCAUACUAAUUAUGAUAGAUGAUUUCGCUUUAAGUCCAAAGAGACUAUAAAAUAUGAUCGAAAACAAUAAUUGCGAAACACUGACGCAAAGCACAAAUGAUGAUUCAUUCGUUUGGAGUUCUUAACCGAUGAAUUAUGACUGCGUUGUACACAACUACACUGUAGGCUAAGUCAAUCACUUGUUCAAUAUAUGGUUAAUUAAUACACCCACUAUGAAUUCAACGUUUAAAUAUUGCUAUUUUCGAUUUUUUGAAGCAUUUAUAUGUGUAAAUAACGAAGGAAGUGAAAUUUUCAAAGGAAUCUACAAUGAAAUGCGCACUUAUAAUGAGAAGGUUCAGCAAUUUCAUAUAAAAGAAAAUGAUGAAGUAAUCAAAUUUGGAAUAACUAGGUUUCCCCGGAUCGCAAAUUAAUUAAUAAUUUUUAAUAAAUUAUAAAAAGUUUAAUUGAUUCGACAACGAAAUGACGAAAGCUUAUAUGAUGAUAUAUAUCUUGUUUAUUGUUUAUGUUUAAUAUAUAAAAAUCCUUAAAAUAUACAUAUAUAAAAAAAGAAUUUCACCAAAAAAUGA